AUGGGCCUCCAGAACACCAAACACUCCAAAGUCAAGCAAGCUAAUAUACUGAUGUUAGGACUUGAUUCUGCGGGAAAAUCUACGCUGUUGUACAAGUUCAAGUAUGAUGAUGUUUUUCUAACAAUUCCAACAAUUGGCUUUAAUGUUGAUAUGAUUGAAACCGGGAAAGAUUUUACACUGACGAUUUGGGAUGUUGGAGGACAACAGAAAAUGAGACAGGUUUGGUGCAAUUUCCUGGAAAACACAGACGGACUGCUGUAUGUUGUGGACAGCUCUGAUAAGGAACGUCUGGAAGAAUCAAAGAAGGAAUUUGAACUCAUUUUAAAGAAUGAAUUUAUAAAAAGUGUACCAGUCGUCAUGCUAGCGAACAAGCAGGAUUUGCCUGGAGCUUUGAACGCUGAGGAAAUAACCAGGAGAUUCAACAUGAAGAAGUACUGCAGUGACAGAAAUUGGUAUGUACAACCCUGUUGUGGUAUCACAGGAGAAGGUUUGUCAGAAGCUCUCCAAAGACUAACCGCAUUUGCAAAACACUACAGCAGAUCAAAGGACACUUCUACAAUCUUUAAGGAAAUGGAAACACUUUAA